AUGAGCCGAAGGUCGCGGGUGGGCUUUGCGGAGACCGCAACUCUAGUGGCCCAACAGCCCGUUAACCGGUUCAGGCCCAAACGAGCAGCUGUCCUCGUUUGCCUUUUCGAAGGGGAUGAUGGGGGGAUUGGGCUUAUUCUCACCAAGAGAUCGUCACGGCUUUCUACUCAUUCUGGUGAAGUUACUUUGCCCGGAGGGAAAAUGGAGGAAACAGAUUCAAAUGAUGUCGAAACAGCAAUGAGAGAAGCAAAAGAGGAGAUAGGGUUGGACCCUUCAUUUGUGAAUAUUAUUGCAGACAUCAUGUAUUCCAACAUUAGUUCAUUGAGAUCAGAAAACCUAGUGAAAGUGGCCCAAAGGCUCCGCUUGUACAAAGCCAGUCAGAAUCUCACCAUUCCCAAUGGUAUUGUUCUUGAAGAUUCGAAAAUCAGAGAUUCCCUCUUUAAAGUGGGUCCUUACAGAGCUGCUGUCUUGAUUUGCUUGUUUGAAGGGGAAAGAGGGGACCUUCGCGUAAUUCUCACCAGAAGAUCUUUAAACAUGUCCUCUCAUUCAGGUGAAGUUGUAUUGCCUGGAGGAAAGUGGGAAGAGGGUGAUCACAAUGAUUGCGAGACGGCUUUGAGAGAGGCUAAUGAAGAGAUUGGAUUGGAACCUUCUGCCGUUGAAGUUGUUACUAUUCUCGAACCUUUUUACUCUGCGGUGAUGGGAUUUUCGCGCCGUAUAACUAUAUUCCCAGUUAUUGCAAUAAUGUGGGACAAAACUGGUUUCAAGCCAAAUCCAAAUCCAACCGAGGUAGAAUCAGUUUUUGAUGCUCCAUUAGAAAUGUUUCUCAAGAAUGAAAAUCGACGAGAAGAAAUGGUGGACUGGAUGGGCUAUAAAUACUUGAUCCAUUCUUUUGAUUACAGAGCGUGUAAUAAUAAGUCGUACGUAAUUUCGGCUUUGACUGCUGCAAUUUUGAUUCGGGCUUCAUCGGUUGUGUAUCAACGGGCCCCCGAUUUUCACGAGGGUAUGAUUGUAUUCCAGCCUAGAAGUCGCCACUGAAUGUGUUAGUUUCUUCAUAAUAUAUAAAUACGAGAAGCAACUCGAGCAAUAUAGUGUGUAAAUCUCAAGAUCCAGUGGAUAGUCAGUUAAUUCAAUAUGGUGUUUUCUCAAUACUCUAAUGUUGUAUGAUGUUGUUGUACAUACAUGAACUUGGAGUGAUUUACUUUGAAUAUUCUAACUACUCGCUCUAAAAAAUAAAGUCAG